AUGGAGAAGGAGAACUCGAGCACGUUCAGGAGGCACCACCGGCCUGUGCCUGGAGCCCCUCCUUUGGGAGCGACAUCCGGGCAUUACAGAGCGACUAGUGAGGCAGCUGAACUUCAGAGGAGCAAGAGUGCGGGCAGCUUACACCAGAAGGGGGAUCCUCCAAGCUGCAUCCAGAAGCCGCCGACUGAAUUGGAAUCUGAAGAUCAGGGGAAAGACUCACGAAGUGAUGGAGAAGAUUAUACCUGUCAGAAAAGCCCAGAGAAAGACACGAAGGAAGAGAAUUUGGAGGCCCUUGAAAAGUUAGAUCAGGAUGGUGAGAAGGUGGGACCAGAAGUUGAGAAGAGUGACUCAGAGGCCAGAACCAAGGACGAACCAGAGAAAGAAGAGGACACAGAUACUAACGAGGCUAAGAAACCAUCUGCGUUUGUGGAGAUUGAUCUGGGAGACCAUGCUGAGGAGGUAGUUGCAUGUACUCUAAAAGAAGACAAACAGAUCCAGAUGGACCCUGGAUAUUUGUCUGAAGAUGAGAUAAGGACCAGUUGGGUAUGCUGUAUUCCCUAUACAACUAAAAAGAAGGCGAAGGAAAGUGCAUAG